AUGAGACCCUAUUCUAAUUUUAAAAUUUAUUUUUUAAGAUCGUUACCAAUUUUCUUCGAUAUUUAUGAAACAUUUUAUGGAAUCGACUCUUUUGGAAUUAUUUUAAGUAUAUUGGUUAGAUUAUCCGAUUUUGGAGUUGUAUUAAACUCUGCUACAAAUUCCUUCGCUUACUUUGGCAAAACAGAAUUUUUUGCUAACAGAUUAAAAAGUAAAUUGUUAAAAGAAAGACAACAUAUAAUGGUAGCUAAGGUAGGAAAUUAUUUAAUUAAUUAA